UCAUCACGUUGCUUAAGACGUCACACGCCAAUCAGAGAGCGCUUGUAUUGCUGCAGUUGAGCACGGAACCGGGAGUUUCCCCAAAAUGAGCAGUUCAGAGGAAGUUUCGUGGAUUUCUUGGUUUUGUGGUCUACGUGGGAAUGAGUUCUUCUGUGAGGUGGAUGAGGAUUACAUCCAGGAUAAAUUCAACCUCACUGGACUAAACGAGCAAGUUCCUCACUACAGACAAGCCCUGGACAUGAUUCUGGAUCUGGAACCAGAUGAGGAGCUGGAAGACAAUCCGAAUCAGAGCGAUCUGAUCGAACAGGCGGCCGAGAUGCUGUACGGCCUGAUUCACGCGCGCUACAUCCUCACCAACCGUGGCAUUGCUCAGAUGCUGGAGAAGUAUCAGCAGGGGGACUUUGGAUAUUGCCCUCGUGUUUACUGUGAGAACCAGCCUAUGCUGCCAAUCGGGCUGUCCGAUAUCCCAGGUGAGGCCAUGGUGAAGCUCUACUGUCCUAAAUGUAUGGAUGUGUACACACCAAAGUCGUCCCGGCACCACCACACUGAUGGAGCUUAUUUCGGAACCGGGUUCCCCCACAUGCUCUUCAUGGUGCACCCUGAGUACCGGCCAAAGAGGCCCGCUAACCAGUUUGUGCCCAGGCUCUAUGGUUUCAAGAUCCACCCAAUGGCGUACCAGCUGCAGCUGCAGGCAGCCUCCAGCUUCAAGAGCCCUGUCAAGGCCAUCCGCUAAAUCGUGGAAAGAAGGGAAGGGAGCAUUGGAGAGACGAGGGAGAGCAUCUGUAUCUGUCUUUACACCUCCUCGCUCUUCACCAAGAGACAGCUUUUGUUUUAUCUUAGGUUUGUUUAAGAGAAAUGUUUCAGUAUCAAGAGUGGGGAAUUAUAGAAUGCACACACUUUGGGUAAACGUUUCCUCAUCUCUCUCUCUCACACACACGCGCACACACACACACGGAGCCUGGGGAUGUUGCCAUGCUGUCAUUGGUGUAUUCCUUGUAAAAACGUCCUUCCUUAAACUUAACCUAUUAACAGAAGUUCUAUAAUUAGUGCUGGAUGAAUCGUGAGUGUGGUGACCGUGCAACUCGCCAUUCAUCCAUGUUAAAAGCCUGGAAUAGGUCCGCGUUUUCCUCCUUACACACCUCAGACCCACGUUUCCUCCGUACACCCCUUCCACGGCAGGCAGAGACUGUUGGAGGGGGGAACAAAAACGGGAAUCAAAGAUUAGUGUUGGUCUGUUUAUUUUUGACACUACUUCGUUUUCCUAUUGGCUUAAUUCUUAUAAAUUCUCAAAAUAAAUUUCGUGUCGUCUUUGUUUUUGACGAAAUGUUCGUUUGCUGCUCUUACUGAAACGGAGCUAAACAACCGCCUCUGCCUCCGUCAGUCCAGCGUCUGUGCGGUAGUCCACCUCCGUGUCCACUUCUUCCUGCCAGCGUUCCUUCUGUCAUUAUUUAUUUAGUCGUCCACAUUUUUGGAAAUGUGUUUUAGUUUCCCUUCCCUGUUCUUAACUGUGCAUCUCUGGUUUCAUAGAAUGGCAUGUGACCGCAGGAUCGAGAUUAACUCAAUGCAUUGAUGAAAAUUAUAAUUAUUGUUACUCUUGGUGUGGCUUUUUUUUUUUUUUUUGGGUUAUUUGAUUUUUUUUUUCCCCCUUUAGAACUGUUGAACCAGGGUUCAGAAUUCAAUAAACUUUUUUUUUCCUAUA